ACCUCAAUCUUUAAUACCAAUCAAAUUGACACAUAUGAUUAGUUAAAAAUGAAUUAAAACUAAAAAAAUAAAGAAAGAAAAUAGCUUAAAUAAAAGAGAGAAGACGCGUUAACGGAGGAAUAGAACGUGUCUCCGUCGGCUUCUUCUUCGUCGUUACCACACACCACAGAGAAAAUAUGAAAGAAGUUUUGUUUGUCAAGUUUGAGUCUCCAAUUCUAUGUUUUCAAAUCCAAUUUUGAUUUUACCUUUUCUAAAUCAAACCAAUCCAUGUUGCCUUAUAACUUAGAAAUAUCAGCUGGUGUCUGCAAGAACAGAGUUGCUGGAGAUGAAAAAGAAGAUGGUAUUGGAUUCAUACUUGCAGGCCCGAGGCAGGAAUACUAUUUCUCUUUUUUUUCCUAUCAAAGAUUUAGGGAUUUUUUAGAUAUUUUGAUCAAAUCCUUUAGAGGCUUCACGGCUUCAAGUUGUGAGUAGCAAGUAUGGUAAUGAACAAGCUCUUGAUGGAGGAGAAUGAUAGGUUACAGAGGCAAGUGUCACACUUGGUUCAUGAAAAGAGUUACUUCUGUCCACACACUCCCAGCGCUUCCCUUCCAGCUAAAAGACACAAGCUGUGAAUUAGUUGUGACGAGUGGUCUAGAGCCUACAAGGGUUGCAGAGAUCGUCAAGGAUCAGCUUUCGUGGCUCUGCAAAGGCCGAGCUGUUGAUGUUAUGAAUGUCUUGUAUUUUUACAAGGCUUUAGAGAAGUGAAAUAACAUAUAGCAACAGAUGUGAGCUUUUGAAUCUGCUGAUAGGUUUUAAUAUACCUGCAAUGUGAUCUUCUUGUUUUGAUUCUUGUAAGUGAAUGAAUAUUUCUUGCUUUAUGUGAAACUUUGGGAUAUGAUGAAAAGUACCAAAUCUCUAAGGCUAAUGCUCUGUCCAUUAUGAAUUUUCUGGCCUGUAUAAUUACUAAACGUUAACUUAAUCAAAGAG